AUGGCGCCAUAUGAGGCUCUUUAUGGUAGGAAGUUUAGGACCAUUCAAUGUUGGUAUCAGGAUGGAGAAGCAAUGCUUGUCGGACCUGAGUUGUUGGAACAAACUACUAAGAAAGUGAGGAUGGUUGCUGGUGCUUAUAUGGUUAUGCAGUACGAAUUACCCUGUGUUGGUGUGGUUUUGUGGGUUGAUUUCACGAGGAUUGGACCAGUGGCUUAUGAGAUAGCUUUGCCCCCUCAGUUGGCAAAUCUUUAUCCGGUGUUCCACGUGUCACAGUUGAGGAAGUAUGUCUUUGAUCCCUCUCAUGUGUUAGAAGCCGAGGAUGUGCAGAUCAGGGAAGAUCUUACCAUAGAAGUACCGCCAGUGGCUUUAGAGGAUAGCAAAGUUGAGGAGCGCCGAAGAAAAUUCAUCUGUCUAGUCAAAGUCAUCUGGGAUCGGAGGACAAGUGACUCUACGUGGGAGUUAGAGGAGGAUAUGAGGAAAUCACACUCGCAUCUCUUCACCUGGUAA